UCCUGACGCGAAGGUUCAUUUAUUGAAGCACUAUCGCUGUCAUCGAGAGCAGAGCGGGCGACUUUCUUAGUCGGUCUGGUUCUGUGGAAGAGUUCAAGUUCACGAGGUUAAUUUUCGCUUUUAACACACUGACACCUACACGUAAAAGGUUGUGCACACCAGUAAUGCACUCGCCGUGAAUCCUACAUGGUCUUAUUCAUGGCUGAAGCGACAAGAACCCCAGAAGCGUUCCAUUAACACACACGGAGUCAAUAGGCUGUCACCGCUAACGUUUACCUGAAGCGUACGUUACAUCACAUUCCGUUCUCGUAAUACGCCAUGGAGCAGAAUGGAUCCGCUGGUGGAAACCCCCACCCAGAAUGGGAAACAUUCGACGACGACGAGGAAGAGAGAAAAGACUUCUCUGAAAAAUACGACAGAGAUAACAUAAAAGAACGGAAUAAGUCAGACUCCUGGCCGCUGUCUUCCAAAGUGAAUGGCACCACAAAUGCCAACAGGGAUCUGACACACUCCGCCGCGGCGGAGGCCAUGAACGAAACCACCCCCCUCUGCGCUGAGGAAGUCAGUUUCAAGUCCUUGUUCCGACAAAACUGGCACCCAACCAUUGUCUACUGUAGCGUUUUCUGGAGUUUUGGGAUGUGUGUGGCGUUUCUGGGACCGACGCUCCUAGACCUUGGGUGCCAGACGUCCACGGAUCUGAACCACAUGAGUUGGGUAUUCUUUGCACAAUUGCUGUGUACACUUAUUGGAUCUAUAGCGGCCGGUUACCUGGUGAGAAGCUGUGAGAUAGAUCCGUAAGUAUAAAGCACAACCAUUUAAAACGUGUGAUUAUUUGUGGUGAGGGUUUCUUCCUUUAAUGCAUUAUUAUUUACUUUUUAGGAACGGGUCCGAUUUCUUUAGAUGAGACGAUCUUCAACUUCCUCUUAUACAGAGAUUGUACUAAGUUACUAAUAUAUAAUCUAUGUGUGAAAAUCUAAUGCAAGCACGAUAUCGUGGGGUUUCUAGAACAAAUCUUAAAUUCCUUAUGAUAUAGA